CCUGUGGGGCCGGUGGGGCGGGGCGGGGCGGCGUGAGGAGGGAAGUUGUCGAAGUUCGGGGGAGACGCCCGGCCGCCGGCCUCGCCUACGGCCUGUCCCUCCGCCUCCUUCCCGCCCCGGGGCCCCGGCCGCCCGUCCUUCCUUCCCCUCCCGUGCAUGAUGGAAACACCAUGGCUGCGGCAGUCCAGCUCUCCCUGACACAGUUGUCAAGUGGGAAUCCUGUAUAUGAAAAAUACUAUAGACAGGUUGACACAGGCCAUACUGGAAGGGUGUUGGCUUCAGAUGCUGCUGCAUUCCUGAAAAAAUCAGGGCUUCCAGACUUGAUUCUCGGAAAGAUUUGGGAUUUAGCUGACACAGAUGGCAAAGGUGUCCUGAACAAACAAGAAUUCUUUGUUGCUUUACGGCUUGUGGCGUGUGCCCAGAAUGGACUGGAAGUUUCACUGAGUAGCUUGAAUCUGGCUGUUCCUCCACCAAGAUUUCAUGACUCUAGCAGUCCUUUGCUAGCCAGUGGGACUUCAGCUGCCGAGCUCCCUUGGGCUGUAAAGUCUGAAGACAAAGCCAAAUAUGAUGCAAUUUUUGAUAGUUUGAGUCCAGUGGAUGGAUUUUUGUCUGGUGAUAAAGUGAAACCAGUGUUGCUCAACUCUAAGUUACCUGUGGAAAUCCUUGGAAGAGUUUGGGAAUUGAGCGAUAUUGACCAUGAUGGAAAGCUUGACAGAGAUGAGUUUGCAGUUGCCAUGUUUUUGGUAUACUGUGCACUGGAGAAAGAACCUGUGCCAAUGUCCUUGCCUCCAGCCUUGGUGCCACCUUCAAAGAGAAAAACGGUCAGUAUAUCAGCCUCCAUGUGGUUGAUCCCCUCUUCAGCAGCCAAGAAAUCUUACCACUCCUUACCACCUGUAGGCAUUUUACCUACCAAAGCAUCGUUAAGACAGUGGGUUGUAUCCCCUGCAGAAAAGGCUAAAUAUGAUGAAAUCUUCCUGAAAACUGAUAAGGAUAUGGAUGGAUAUGUAUCUGGACUGGAGGUGCGUGAAACCUUCCUGAAAACAGGUUUACCUUCUGCCUUACUAGCCCACAUCUGGGCACUGUGUGACACAAAGGACUGUGGGAAGCUUUCAAAAGACCAGUUUGCCUUGGCUUUUCACUUAAUCAAUCAGAAGUUAAUAAAGGGCAUCGAUCCUCCUCAUAUCCUCACUCCUGAGAUGAUUCCACCAUCAGACCGGUCUAGUUUCCAAAAGACCAUCGUAGGAUCAAGUCCUGUUGCAGAUUUCUCUGCUAUUAAGGAACUAGAUACCCUUAACAAUGAAAUAGUUGACCUGCAGAGGGAAAAGAACAAUGUGGAACAGGACCUUAAAGAGAAGGAAGACGCAGUUAAGCAGAGGACAAGUGAGGUUCAGGAUCUUCAAGAUGAAGUUCAAAGGGAGAGUGUUAAUCUGCAAAAACUACAGGCCCAGAAGCAGCAGGUGCAGGAACUCCUUGAUGAGCUGGAUGAGCAGAAAGCCCAGCUGGAAGAACAGCUCAAGGAAGUCAGGAAAAAGUGUGCUGAGGAGGCCCAGCUGAUCUCUUCCCUGAAAGCUGAAAUAACUAAUCAAGAAUCUCAGAUCUCCACUUACGAGGAAGAACUGUCAAAAGCUAGAGAAGAACUAAGUCGCCUACAACAGGAAACAGCACAAUUGGAAGAAAGCGUGGAGUCAGGAAAGGCUCAGCUAGAACCUCUUCAGCAGCACCUACACGAAUCCCAACAGGAAAUCAGUUCAAUGCAAAUGAGACUCAUGGAAAUGAAAGAUCUGGAAAAUCAUAACGACCAAUCAAAUUGGUCCAGUAGCCCACAAAGCAUUCUGGUAAAUGGUGCUACAGAUUAUUGUAGCCUCAGCACCAGCAGCAGUGAAACAGCCAACCUCAAUGAACAUGCUGAAGGCCAGAACAAUCUAGAGUCUGAAACCAUACACCAGGAGUCAUCAGUGAGAAGUAGUCCUGAAAUAGCACCUUCUGAUGAAAACGAAGUUGUGACUGCAGCUGGUAAUGAGAAAGUUAGUCCCAGAUUGGAUGAUGACAAGCACUCCAAAGAGGAGGAUCCAUUUAAUGUAGAAUCAAGUUCACUGACAGAUCCAGUUGCAGAUCCAAACUUGGAUUUCUUUCAGUCCGAUCCUUUUGUUGGCAGUGAUCCUUUCAAGGAUGAUCCUUUUGGAAAAAUUGAUCCGUUUGGUGGUGAUCCUUUCAAAGGCUCAGAUCCGUUUGCAUCUGAUUGCUUCUUUAAGCAGUCUUCCACUGACCCUUUUACCACUUCCGGCACUGAUCCUUUCAGUGCCUCCAGCAAUAGCAGUAAUACAUCGGUAGAAACUUGGAAGCACAAUGACCCAUUUGCUCCUGGUGGAACAGUUGUUGUUGCAGCUAGUGAUUCAGCCACAGACCCUUUUGCUUCUGUUUUUGGAAAUGAAUCAUUUGGAGAUGGAUUUGCUGACUUCAGCACAUUGUCAAAGGUCAACAGUGAAGAUCCUUUUAAUCCUACCACAUCAAGUUCUGCCAGUAAUGUGGUCAUUCCAAAACCUGUGUUAGAGGAGACAUCCACCACGAGUGAGGAUGUUCCUCCAGCACUGCCGCCCAAGACUGGAACUCCAACAAGACCCUGCCCGCCACCGCCUGGGAAAAGACCCAUCAACAAAUUGGAUUCUUCUGAUCCCUUUAAACUGAAUGAUCCAUUUCAGCCUUUCCCAGGCAAUGAUAGUCCCAAAGAAAAAGAUCCUGAUAAGUUUUGUGAUCCGUUCACUUCUUCUGCCACUACCAGUAAAGAGGCUGACCCAAGCGAUUUUGCUAACUUCAGUGCUUAUCCCUCUGAAGAAGAUAUGAUUGAAUGGGCAAAGAGAGAAAGUGAGAGAGAAGAGGAACAAAGGCUUGCCAGACUCAAUCAGCAGGAACAAGAAGACUUGGAACUGGCCAUUGCACUUAGCAAAUCAGAGAUAUCCGAAGCAUGAGGAGUCACUGGUCAGCAGCACAGUGCUCUUCCAUAUGCUGAAGCUAUUUACCAUGUGCAUCCAACUACCUAGGAGCAUGGGAUACAAAACGUUUGAGGUUCCUAUAAAUGUGACAAAAAUGUAGCUUGUUUUUUGGGGAAAAAAAAGCUAUUUCAAAUGUGUCUUUUAUUUUUUUUCUUCCUAAAGCAGUACCCUAAUUAGACAGCUUCACCUAGACCCCUGUUCUGGUGUGCAUUUAUAGUAAGCUCUUGCCUGCUUAUACUAUUCCCUGUAAAGCUAGAGCACCAAGCCUCUCCAUUCUAGAACCUAGCAGAUAGUUUCGCGCUAUGCUGCCCUUGUCUGUAGUUCCUAUGACAGCAAUUAGAGUUCUGAAAAUGUGCAAGUAUUCUCCUUGAGCUGAGUGGUUGAAGUGGAGGGGGAGGGAAAGAGCAACCUCUUCCUUUUGAUCAGUACGAAUUAGCCAGUUAAAAGUGCAUUAUAUGUACUUCUGGAGAAAAUACAAUUUGUUAUUUAGAGACAGGGGAACAUAUUCUGUGAAGAUCAGCUCCACUAUUGAGAACUAGAUGAAUUAAGUUCAACCAUUAUUGCUCCAGUCUCAAGUAAUUCCUAAAUAAAAGCAUUAAAACCUUGUGUGUGAAACACAUUUUUAAAACAAUUUUCUAACAGAUACCUCACCGUGUAUUUCCUAGUUUAAAAAAAAACAAAACCCCAGUUACUUACAAAUAAAAUUUGUAAGGAAAUGUUCAUUUUAAGUGCUAGUGAGGAAAACUUGUAAUUUAAAAUACAGCCUGUCAGUUUAAGCAAAUACUUAGCCUGAACCCAUCUGCCUUUGCAGCUGCAGUGACCUUCUUAGUUCAGAAGUCCUGAGCUAGAAUUGGGAAGUGCUUUGGCUUUUUAUUAUGGGUUUUGUUUCUUGAGUGGGGCCCAGCCUUUUGCAGUGAUACAGAUGGAAGAAGUAACAUGUAUCCUCUUGUUUUUCAUCCAUCUUUGUAGUUUAAAUUACUUCAUUUACUUGCUUUAUUUUUUUCCACCUAUAAAAUUGACAAGCAACUCCCCCCCCAAAAAAAAUUCCUGUUUUUAAAUUGAGAGAAAAAUAGACUUGCCAAAUUAUCAGAGCCCUGCUUUUGCUAAAAGCCCAUCUUCUGCUAGCCUGGCCUGACAGACAGCUGCAUUUGAAUGGUCUGUAAAGUAGACUAUAAAUUGUAUCUUUUUUUUUUUUUAACAUGAGUUACUACUAAUUUAGUGUUUUCAAUACCAAGAUAAAGAAAAAUGCACCUACAAACUAAUUAACAUUCUCUAGGGUCACCAAGUUAAGAUAGUAUUGAACUGUGUUAACCAGAGUAACUUUCUGCCUGGCCUAUAAAUAAAUUCCACAGUGUCUAAUCAGUCCAUCUUGAAAUGGUGCUUUGUUUUUUCCUUUCCACACACUAUUGGAUGGCUGGAAUUUAAAACAAACUUAAACCACUUUCUUGCACUGCUAACUUUUUUCUACUUUUGUAAAUAAAUAUUUCAGCGUAAAAGUCAUACAUACGACAUAAGGGCUGAAUCAUAAUCACAAGGCUUUAAUUGUGGUAACUAAUUCAGUGGCCUAAGUAUUUGCUGCAGACAGUGACUGAGAAGGUCAUGUGGGGAGUUUGUGAUAGGUGUGGUGUUUUCUGUUUGUCCCCCUUCCUCUCACUCUUCAGGAGAAAGGUAAGUUGACUUGAAUAACCUUCUUUUGCACUGAGAAAAGUGAAAAAUGUUUGAAAUGCUUUAAAAUUUUUUAAUUAAAAAACACUCUGGAAAUAUUAAAUAUCUGUAACUUAUAAACAGCAACUUUUGAUGUGUAGUAAGUGUGCCCUAAUCUUCAGUGCACUUAGCUGGGUCAUAGAGACUCUUCCUUGGUUAAGAUGUGUAUAUUCAGUGGGCCAAUAUCAUACUAAAGUGUGUAUAUAUUAUAUAAACAUAUCUAUAUCUCCAUGCUUGAUUGUAUGGGAUGAAUGUCUUAAGAGUCACUUGUGAUGUUUUAUGGUGUUGACCCUGGCUCCAAAGCCUGCGCUUGAAACAAAAACCAAGUUUUAACCAUCUUUUACCUGUUUGUUCAGCUUUAUUUGAGCUCUCUUCAUAGAAUUUUUCUCAUGUUUCAGACUUAAAAAUUACAGUUGUAAUUAUGAGAAUAAUAAACUUUAAGAAAUAAAAAGUGUACUAUAUCAUUUUGCAUUGAAGCUUUGCACUGUUCUUUGCUCGAGGAAGGGCAGGUGUGCUGUCAGCAUACGUUAUCCUGUCUAAAGUAUUUUGGACAGUAUCAUAUAGAAUAAAUAAAACGUUGACUAUC